AUGGACCCUAUCACAAAAGAAAUGAAGAAAGUCCCUGUUCUUUUGGACACGGGCGCUGAAAUUUUUUUUAUCGACACAGCAGUUGUUGAGGAAUUGCAUCUUCCUACAGUAAAAUCACGCCUUCAUACUCUCGGCUUUGAUGAGAUACAGGAAACAAGCUCCCGCAAGGUCCCAUUUGAAGCAUGGGACGCGGGAGGCCAUCCACUCUCCCUAAUCUUGUUUACACACGACAUUUUAACUAAGCCAUUCGUAACUGCUCCAGUUUGUAUGGAAGAUGUUGACCUCAUUCGCCAGGAAAGCUUGCCAUUUAAUCUCAGAUCCGACAGCUCAAUCGUAAAACCGUCCAUUCUUCUCGCUUGUGAUCAAUUAUGGACACUGAUGAAGAAUGAUGAGCCACACGUACAGCUUCCAUCUGGAUUACGUUUAGUUCCAACAUGCCUUGGAUAUCUACUAACGGGACAGGUUAAAACAUCAAUACAAGUAGAGCAACAUCACAAGUAUCCAACGUCCAUUAUAUUCCUCACCAAGCAGUACUAA